AUGGGAGUCGACGACCCCUCCUCUGGCUCCUGCAGCUGGAACGUCAAUCUUGCCAGCAUCCGCCACGACAUGAUCUCCAUGGCCAAGCAAGCCUCCGAGAUGAUCGCCGCUGCCACUGCAGCGUCUCUGAAAUCCUCCUCGACCACAAACGGCACCGCCCCAGUAAACACCAAGAAGAAUACCGCCGACCUCGUUACCGAAACAGAUCAGGCAGUGGAACGCCUCAUUUCCUCUCGCUUAUGUACCAAAUACCCAACCUUCAAAUUCCUCGGCGAGGAGACCUACACGCCCGGCCAACGCCUCGGUCCCGAACCGACUUUCGUCGUGGACCCGAUCGACGGCACUACGAACUUCGUGCAUAAUCAUCCUUACGUCUCGGUCAGCAUUGGAUUCGCAGUGAACAAAGAGCCGUUGGUGGGAGUGGUGCUAGAUGUAGCGAGGCAGAGGAUGUAUGUUGGGACUAAAGGGGAAGGGUCUGUGGUGGUGGAUAUCGCUACUGGGACCGAGCGCAGCUUGCCGCUACGACAGUCGUCCGAGCCGCUGAAGGGCUUGGAUUCGUGUCUCGUGGCGAUCGAGUGGGGUAGUGAUCGCGAGGGCAACAAUUGGAAAGUCAAGAACGACACGUGGCGAUUACUUGGUGCGAGCAAGUCUGAGGGUGGCGCAAUGGUCCACUCUGCACGAGCGCUAGGAUCAGCGGCGCUGAAUAUAUGUGGUGUGGCGGAGGGCACACUGGAUCUGUACUGGGAGGGCGGGUGUUGGGCGUGGGAUGUUUGUGCUGGAUGGGUGAUCCUCAAGGAGGCCGGCGGCGUUAUUGUGGAUGGGAAUCCGGGACAAUGGGAGAUCCCUGUGGAUCAUAGGAAAUAUCUGGCCGUGAGAGGAUCAGCGGGAGGGCUGGAGGAGCAGAAGCAGCUUGUGCAGGAGUUCUGGAGCUUUGUGCAGGGGGACAUGGAGUACGAAUCGUGA